GGUGUUAACUGCCCUUUGCUUUGCUAAAGAUCUAUGAUUUAUUUAUUUUUUUGUAGAUCUAUAUAGUCAGAGUCUAGAUUUCUUUUUUCCACACAUUUUUUGGAAUAUAUAAACAACAAAAGCGUCAAAAAAAUGGGACGUAGAUCAAUCAACACCACCAAGAGUGGGAAAUAUAUGAACCCUACUGACCAAUUUCGUAAAGAAGCUAGGAAAAGGGAGCUUAAAAAGAACAAAAAGCAGCGUAUUAUGGUGAGAACUGCUGUUCUAAAAGGAAAAGAUCCCAUGAAACUUCUGGAAGAAAUGGAAGUCAUUGACAGAAUGGAGUACAAUCCAAUGCAGCCCCCGUCGCUAAAUGAAAAAGUGCUUAGAGAAAAAAGGAAAAAGCUAAGAGAAACAUUUGACAGAGUUUUCAAAUUAUAUGAAAAAGAAAGGCCAGAAUAUGCUGUUGAGUUGAAGAAAGCAAAUAUAGAGUAUGAAAAGACCAGAGCACAGCUGCAGCUCUAUUAUGAUCAAGUUCGAAAUGCAGAAAGAGUUCAAUUGGAUCAGAUUCCUUUGCCAGAUGCUCCAGUUGACUCAGCAGUUCCAGGAGCAAUUCCUCUCCCUACAGACAUCCCUCUACACAUGCCCAUGCCUGGAAUCUCAAUAACAAUGACACAUUUACAGCCACAGUCUAUUCUGAAAAAAACAUCUGCAUAUGGACCCACUUUAGGCAUUGGUCCACAAAUUCCAAUACACCUAAGAAGUCAGAAGAAAAGACCACCAGGUCCGCCUCCUGGCCCACCUCCAGUAUUGAGUGACAGUGAAGAGGAAACAGAAGAAUAUGAUCCAGAAAAAGGUAUCGAGUUGGGUAAAGUAGAUGUUGACAUUACUCUUCAUGAUGACAUUACUGAUGAACCUCCAUACAAGUCCAGGCGGAUUAGGUUUGCUGAUGAUGAUGAUGAUGACUAUGAUAAGAAGUAUGAUGAUGAAAAAGAUACCAGGAGAAGGCUACAUCGGCAGGAGAAAAAGGAAAGAAAGAGAAGAAAGCGAGAUAUGGAUACAACAGAGUCUGGAAAGAAGAAAGUUUCUGCCUUGCAGGCAAUGAUGUUAAAAAUGGCAGGACAAGAUACACCAGAUUUUGAAAAGAGUGUGGACUCUGAAUCAUCAACAUCUGAAUCAUCUUCAUCAUCAGAGGAUGAUGAUGAUGACAGAAGGAGAGAUAGACGGGAUGAGGAUGAGAGAGUCAGGUUCAAAGACAGAGAUAUCCUUAGGAAAAGAGAGAUUUCUUUGAUGGAUGGCAGACAUCCUAGUUUGGAUGAUGUUUCAUCAGAAAAGUUGACUGAUGAGGAUGCUGCUGCCAUAACCGCUGCACGUCUGAUUGAAGAGGCUGAAAUGGAGGCAGAAACACGUCAUUUGACUCCUAGGAUGAACCCCCCUGGUCCUCCACCAGGCUUACCUCCAAACAUGAUGGGUGCUAGUGGCAUGCCUCCAGGUCCUCCACCUGGUGCUCCGCCCAUGUUUUUGCGACCUCCUGCAAUACGUGGUGCAUUGCCGAGAUUGGUACCACCUGGACCUCCACCAGGAAGGCCUAUGGGAAUGCCACCAGGUCCACCUCCUGGAUUACCUCCAAAUUUGAGGCUUCCAAUGCGUAUGCAAACACCAAUGGGAGUUCCACCACCACGUUUGUUGAGACCUCCUGGCAUUCUGCCUCCAUCAAUACCACCUCCAAUCGGUGCACUGCCAUCAAGUACACCCAUCAAUCCCAACAUAUUAAGUGCACUGCCAAACAUCAUGAGACCCAGAGGAGAAGAAGCCAGCGCAGGCAGCGGUGGUCAGUCCAGGGUGACAAUCCAGGCUAAGCCUCAGAUAAAGAAUAAAAUGGGAGAUGUCACAAGGUUUAUGCCCACAGCCCUCAAGGUUAAGAGAGAAAUCCGUGACCAGAAAGGAAGAAUUAAAGCUGUUGGUAAAGAAGAGGAACAGAGGGUGAUAGGAGCUCAGGCCAGACCUCAACCUACCACCCAGCCCAAGACUAAAGAUGAUGCUUAUGAUCAGUUCAUGAAAGAAAUGGAGGGCCUGAUUUAAUUCCCCAUUAGGAUGUAGCAUUUCUUAUACAAUUGAUAUACUAGUUGUUGGUGGUUUAUUCAUGGAGAAGCAUUUGCUUUUCUAUAAGACAUUCUUCUGCUACUAGCUCAUCAACUGGGAAUGACUAUUGCAAAGUAAGCUUCAGAUGUGGUGCAUAGACCAUUACAUUGUCAUUUCUUGACUGGUUUUUGUCAUUUUUCUUUUAGUAAUUAAGAUGACUAGUCUGUUUCCUACUGUCACUUUAUUAACUCCAAAUGUCCCCAUGUCUUCUCUUUGAGACAAAACUUCUUAGUGUUGUUCCUGUUAUCUCAGACUGCCAGUUUUUCUUUGAUAGAUAAGAUAGAUAGAUAUGUGUGUGUGUCUUGGAGUUUUGCUUCUCUAUAUGUUACUAACUUGGGGCACCAAUGUCUGAAUAAUGAAUGUUGAUGUAUGUGAAGUGAUUUUUUUUUUGUUUACCAGAUGAGCACACACUUAAAUGUGAACAUUUGAUAGUGAGACAUUGUUAAUUUCAGCUUUGUAAAUAGUUAAAAUUUUUGAUGAAGAAUAAAAUUAUUGAUUAUCAAAA